AUGUCUGCCAGAAAACGCCUCGCGGAAGAGGACGCUCCUCCACAGCCACCUGCGAAAUCUCGUCGUGACUCGAGUGACGAUUUGACGUUGCAAAAUCGUACCAAGGCUGACCAGGAAGAGGACCACGGUCUGAAUGCACAGCAAACACCUGGCGAGGUCCAUAUCUACACGAUAAAGCUAUACUCCCGAAAGAAAGCGCUGAGUAAUGAUCCUCACCCACAUGCCAACGAUAACAACGACGAUGCUCAUCUCAUUCGGAGUCAUCCACGUGAGCGACAAGAAAACGUCAGAGUACCCUGUGCCCCAACUUCGACCGAAGAAGAGCUAUCGAGUCAGGCUUCCGAAACCGAAGCAAACGUCAAAAUCGAAUACGUGGACGACAACUACGUCAGGUAUGAUGAUAUCGGCUGUUCCGAGUGGUUGGAGCCAGUCAAUGUGUCCGUCACCACCGUGCGUGGCCUUUCUGUUGGCGAACAAAUUGGAUACUGCAGGGCCAAGCUGGUCAGAAAGGAGAAGAUACGGACUCGUUUCCACGAGAGUAUGAGGAAGCCAAUAUUCGAGCUCGUUUUGCUGGCCUUUGAUCUUUUUGACAGAUACGGGAGACUCAUUCACGAUUACAAACAUCAUCCUGUCCGCAAAGGUUCUGGUAUCUGGGGCACAGAACUAGACAGGCGGGAUAUCCUGCUGAUCGAAUAUGUACACGUCGAUGAGCGGCACCGAGGACAAGGUAUCGGUGUAAGCAUGCUCGGCAUCCUACGUGAUGUUGUCAGCCAUAAAGCGAGGAACGGAGACUUUGUUACCAUCGUGUGGCCUGAGUCGCCGAAAGAAUCUCGGUUUCCCCAGAUUAUGGAGUACCUCAUAGGAUCCUCAAUAGGAAUAAGCAUUGCCGACGACCCAGAUCUUGCGAGGAUCAAAUGA